AUGGCGGCCUCGAAGCUGGUGCUGUCGCUGCUGGUUGCAGCUCUCCUGCUGCACGUGGUCACCACGCUGAAGAUCAGCGCUUUCAACAUCAAGACAUUUGGGGACAGCAAGAUGUCCAACCAGACUAUCGCAGACAUCAUCGUCUCUAUCCUGUCGGGAUAUGACAUCACCCUGGUGCAGGAGGUGCGGGAUAGUGACCUGAGCGCUGUGGAGAAACUCAUGGACCAGCUCAACAGCAUGUCCCUGCACCCAUACAGCUUUUUGGAUAGCAUCCCCCUGGGUCGGGCCAGCUACAAGGAGCAGUACAUCUUCAUCUACAGGUCAGACAUGGUCUCAGUGCUGGAAAGCUACUACUACAACGACAGCUGCAGCUCCUGUGAGACCGAUGCCUUCAGCAGGGAACCCUUCAUUGUGAAGUUCUCCUCACCCACCACACAGGUGGAGGAGUUUGUGAUGGUGCCUCUGCACGCCGAGCCCAGCAACGCGGCGAACGAGAUUGAUGCGCUCUACGACGUCUACACUGAUGUUGUCAACAAGUGGGCAACCAACAACAUCUUCCUCCUGGGCGACUUCAACGCUGACUGCUCCUACGUGACCAGCGCGCAGUGGCCAUCCAUCCGCCUGCGCUCCCUCGACGCCUGCGAGUGGCUCAUCCCUGACAGCGCCGACACCACCGUCAGCAGCACUGACUGUGCCUACGACCGCAUCGUCGCCUGCGGCACCGCACUGCGCCAGGGCAUCGAGCCCGGCUCUGCCACCGUCAAUGACUUCCAGAAGACCUUCAACCUCCAGAGCAGCGACGCUUUGGCUGUCAGCGACCAUUUCCCGGUGGAGGUGAUCCUGAAAUCCCGCUGAGCCCACCCCCAUGCUGGCUACCAGGACACUCCAGCACACACCUGCACCCCUGACAGGAGCCCGUGCACCACCAGUGCCAGCUGA